GCGGGAAAAUAACCUUCACUCUGUCGAACUUCCAGCAACUUUUUGGUCAAAUGGGUCGCAAGGUGAUCGCGCUAGUACCGUCGGCGCUGCCUUCGUCCGUCAACUUGGGGCGCUUCCACUCGGACGCAACGGAUGCCCCGCUCCUCUCCGUUGUCACAUGGACCUCACGCUCAACUGCUGACUCCACUCGAACACGGCAAUUGGCUCUGGACAAGAGCCAAUGCCAACUCCUAGAGCUUCAACGAAUGCAACCCAUCGAGGGCUCGCGCAGCUGGUUCGUAGGCAACUGCGUGCUGCAAGACGGUGGAGUGAUGGUCUUCUCGCCAAUCGACGCGCUCUUCGUGUUGCUGGAUGCGGCGUGGGGGCAACGCACACGCUUCUCGUCAGUCUACGAUCUACUGGCACGUGAUGGCAACACUUGGUUACUGCAGCUCUCGACGCUGCGUCCGGAGAUGAUUGAAACGAUCUGUGACGUGCAAGCAGUCGGAGGUGAGGAAGGAGUUGACAACCUCUUCAUUAAGGCAAACGAAAGCAAGGUUUCGAGCUGGCUGAGCGGUAGAGUGGAGAAGGUGGCGGCAGUGCUGGCAAAGCAGGAGCUGGAGGCGAACACUAAGGCGGCAGCAAUCGAUAACCAGGUAAAUUUACCGGGAUACAACAAGAAGGAGACGAGCAGUACUGUGACCCAGGAAGAUGUUGCAAGACAUUACCGUGAAGCAAUUGAUAUUGUGGGCAAUUACCUUUCGAACGAGUGGAUUGAUGUGCUCUGCGACAAAUUCAAGGUGAAAAAAAUGGUGGAAGUCAAGGUUGUGGCUAAAGCUGCACCACUGGACACUUUUAAGCGUUUCGACCGACGUCAAACACCCGAGAAUGGGUCCAAGAGAUCAACUCCGUCCAAUGCAGGCAGCGCUAAAAAGAAGAGCAAACUAGCCAAUGUGGAUCGCACCGGAAUGAAGUCGCUGACGUCGUUCUUCGGCAAAAAGUAGUGGAGAAAAAAUGGAUCAAAGUGAUACAUUUAGCGAAAUAUAGAGCUGCUUUAUCGUCGAGAGGUUGAGCCUUCCACGCUGACCCGAUGCACUACCACAAAGUCGUCCCAACCGGAAAGAAUCUUGAACUUAAUGAAGGACGCAUCCGUCGGCUUAACGUUCUCGUUAACGAUUUGCAUCUCGCCAUCGGUCUCCUUCAACUCUGGCAACAAAAUGCACCAAAAAUUAUCAUGUGAUCAAGAAAAAACGAAU